GCGACUGGAGUUGAAGGAGGGUGUUUCAGCGUGUGAUUACAAACAAAGGCAAAUAACCCUCAGGACAAAAGACACUGUUAAUAAUUUGUUGUCAAAGAAAUGUGUACUCGUGCAAUUAGAGUUUUGUGUUAAGGCAAUGGAUGAUGGUUUGAUGAUGAAUGCCCUCCAUUGGGACAUUAUUGAGCUUGCUGGACAUUUACGUCAGGAAAGAUUGUUUGUGUCGUCUGAACAGCAACAUUUACAAGGACUGAAUGAAAAGGUAAUUAGUGGAUCAUCAAGGCUAGCACAGUUAGCAUGGGUUACAGCUCAGCAGCGAGACAAUUUAAAUCGGCUGAUUGUAGCCCAUCCUGACUGUACCCCAGCCAUCUGUUGUCAGAGGGCCAACACUCUUGACAAUACUGUCUUUGUGGAUGGGUACAAAGUGCUGGGUUUUCAGGAAUGUCUAGCAUAUGGGGAAUUCCUGCAAACACUGCGAACUUCGCCUCAGCUUCUUGCAAGUUGCCUUGUUGCUGGGGAUCGUCUGCUCCCAGAUAUGAUGCAUGGAAUAGUUCACUCUAUAAUGGCAGGAUUAUUUGGCAGCACUUUGCUACCAGAAGAUAAGCUGCUGGCUUUAAAGCUUCUACGCAACCUCACAGAGCUUCAACUUGUGCCCUCAGAAAAUCCGCGCAGCAGGCUUCUUCGCCAGAAGUCAUGUGCUUUUGCUCGCUUGUAUGGUGAAUUUCAUGAAGGUCUGUUUUCUGCAAAGUUGUUCCUGACAGCUGCACUGCAUAAACCUAUCAUGCAGUUGCUUGUUGAGGAUGAAAUGUUCUUGGACAUAGAUCCAGAUAAGGCGACAGUCAGGUUUCCUCCAGAGGAAUGCCUAAAGAAGUUUGGUUCUGAAGGCACUCCUGAAUACAACAUUCGACUGCAGGAGUAUCGCAGAUGGACCAAUAACUGUCUUGUAGUUAUUACAAACCGAUUUGUGCUCAGUCUACGAAAUAACAUGCAUUGCUUUCCUGCUGGUGUUUGUUGGCUUGUGCGCCAGAUAGCUGGAUUGCUAUCUAAGUCAGGGAAUAUUGAACCUAAGGAGGUAAAUGCUAUUUGCACAGAUUUGGUUUUCACAUAUUUCAUCUGUCCUGCAAUUGUUAACCCAGAACCAUAUGGUAUAACAGAUGCUCCAAUCAGCUAUGUGUGUCGUUUUAAUCUUAUCCAAGUGGCCAAGAUUGUGCAGAUGUUGGCUAUGACUAAGUAUGAAGAUGUGGACAGUAAGGUGUCAGAUCUUUACAACUUAUUUGAGAAGGACUGUGUAUCUUCUCUGCUUGAUGCAAUUCUGGAUGGAGCAACAGAUGGGCUGGAAGAUGGGCCUGUGAUUACAAUCAGUUCAAAACUGGAUGGAUUAUCACGAUCUGCAGCAUUAUUUACUGAGGCUGAACUACAUAAUUUGGUGCUUUUCUUGCAAACUGUAUCUGCUGAUGGAGGUGAGAGUCUGGGAGAGAACAAGAAGCAGCUGACCAGUUUAUUAAUGCAACUUCCUCUUGGAAAUACCACAGUUAAUGGUCAUGUAACUGGUGGUGCACUGAAGCCACAACAGUCAGCAACUCCUUGCACGCCAAGAAAGAGUGCAGGAUUGUUGGGUAAAGUUGGAAAAGGCCGGAUAGCACGUUCUUCAUCAUCUCCUGCCUCCUCAACUGUGGAGGGAACAGAGGAAAAUGUGGGAGGGGAUGAUGAUAAUGGGGAACAUGGGAGUCAAGAUGUGUUAGUUAUACCUUUCACUCCUAAUGUGGGUGAGAGUGUGGGCCUUAUUGCUGAACAGAAAAUACUAUGCAUGGAAGAGCAUUCAUCACGUGCAGAUGCAAGAGUGCAUGUAAACUUACCUGACAGCCAAGAAGAGCACGAUGGCAGUGUGGUUGAAAGAGGAGAAAGUCACGAGAAGCGAACUCGAUUUUCUUUGUCACACGAUGAAGGUUCAAUCGGCAACACUAGUGAUAACCUUGAGGCUGUCUCAGAAGCGGCAUCAAAUCACAGUGUUGCAUCAUCUCUAGAACUCGAGAAUGAUCAGAAUGACAAUCUUUCUGACAUGGUUUCAGCCAAUGUGUCAGGUCGAGGAACACCAAAUAUUUCAGGCCGAGACACCCCCUCUUCUCAGAUAACUGAAGGUGAAGAAGGUCCUGGUGGAGUUCUUAGAGGUCCAUCUGGAGAGCCUCGCCAGCCUUUGGACUUCCCUCCUCCACCUCCUAAUAAACAAAGUCGUUCUGAUAUUGAUGACAAAUUUGGAAAAUUUGAGAUAAAGAAACUGCUGGAAGGAGAUGAGACCAUUUCAAUGGUGAGUGAUACCUGGAGUACAGAUGUACUGGCAAGUGACAGUGAGACUGUUGAACAGAGCAGUGAGCGUAACUUUCCAACCAACACUACAUAUGGUACAGUAAACCAGCUUGCUGAAACCCAGUUGCUGGAUGUGUCAGAGACAGCUUCAGAGGCAUGGAGCACAGAUGUCCUGGCAUCAGACUCAGAACGGCUGACAGAAGUGGAUACAGAUGACACAGGCAGUGUUGCCAGAUCAGAUGAUACAGCCCGAUCUGAAGUGGAGGCUGAAGGUCGGGGUGAACCAGAGGGUGGGGAAGAUGCUAGUAUAUAUGCUGCACUGGGUGUCAACUUAGGUUUUCGGCCAAUCCGUGAGGAUCCUAUGGGACGAUCAUCCAUGUUGGCACCUUCAUCGCCUACUAGGGUAGAUGGAGGCUCGCAUCCAGCAUGGAAUGUAACUGGUCGUGGUGGUGGAAAAGCAGACUAUCGUCGACGUACUGUUGAGUACGUGGACAGUAGUGCCAACAAUCCUGCACAUCGUAGCCACAUUCCAAUGGACUUCAACAAACAUGGUUCUCAAAGCACAGCAGAGGAUACUCGACUGAUUCACGUGAUUGACAAAAUAGACAAACCGCUGGACCUGAAACCAGCAGUAGUUGCUGCAAGUCAGGCAAGUGUGAGCAUCGUCCACAUCCCAGGUCCUUUGACACUGCCAGCACUGCAUAAUGGCUCCAUAGCACCAACAGCACAGCUCCUUCAGAACAGGGGCCCAAAUCCAUUACCUCCGCCGCCACUGCUCUCUAAUCAUGUGUCUGCAAGCACUGUACCUAUGGUACAUAUUCAGGCCAAUCAUGCUUCAGCACAGGGUGUUGCAGUUACCAGUCAUAUUCAGCCACAUGUACCAGCAACUGCACGUCAUGCAGGAGGUGGAAAUACUGCAAACAUGGAUGCCGAUCUGAAGUCAGAGCAAAUGCAUGGUGAAGAGGAAGCUGACAGAGACAGUGUGGGAGAUGUAAUUCCUAGUGUGGUAAGACUCAGUUCAACCAGCCUGGCUUCAACAAGCAGCAGUGGCAGUGGCUCUGAUCCCAGACCAAAGACUGUGACGCCUACUCCAGAUUUGCCACUUGCUCCUGCCACACUGGUUUUAAAUGGUCAUGCCAUGAUGGCAGAUGAAGAGGUGAUUGUAACAAAACAGCCUGCUGGUUCUUCCACAGGAGCAAUUCCUAAGAGCAUUAGCUUUGAUAAGACUGCCGAGCGAGGAGACAAGGAUCUCCUUGAUGAUGAUCAAAAGCAUAAGAGAGGUUUCUUCAGAAACUUCAAACUUUCUUUCAAGAGUCGCAGAGUCAAGUCACUGCGAGGAUCUGAUGAUUUCAGUAGCCGAUGUUAUGAAUCUUCUUUAACUGCUGGUGAAGGGGAUGUUUCCCACCUAAGACUCAGGAGAGGAAUGUCAGAGGAGGUGCGACCAACACAUACCUGUAACGAUACAACUGAGGACAUUCUUGCAAAGUAUCGACGUAAGCCUAGUGCAAGUGGAGACUCGACAGCAUCUGAGGCUGGCACAGAAUUGAAAGCACCACAACUAGUGGGUGAGGUGGAGGAUGAAAGAUUAAGUAUGGACCCAGCCAAUAUUGAAGCUUCAUAUGCGUUCAUUGAUGCCAAACGCAAGCUACGUAUGGUGUUGAGCACAGCAGACCUGCAGCAUGUUCCCUGGGCUGCAGAUUCUGCCACCCAUAUAAGGGAAUCUCAGGCACAGAAGGAGAAUGAGCUGGUCUCAUUUCUCAAAUUGCAGUUAGCAGAAGCUAUCAAUCUCCAAGACCGUUCACUUAUUGCACAUUUGCAUGAAACCCUUCGAUGCAUCCAGCUCUUCGAUGAUAGUGGCUGCCGGAAGCUCUUCAAAUCCCUUAAAGAAGAUUACCAGAAAAGGUCUCCAUACAUUGCCUACUUAGUGAGAUGUCGUCAAGGCCUGCUAUCAACUUUGGCACAUUUAGAAAGGCUGACUGAGAGACUGAAAUGCGACUGUCAAGUGUGCAGCCGGUUCUUGGUAGCUGUGUGUGUAACGAUGUUUCUCGAGAAGAGAGAACAGAUACUUGGCAGUUUUACUGCAGAGUUUCAGCAGUUGACUCUUGCUGAUGAGAAAACAGAUUUGUUGGAUAAUUUUCUGCACACACUUUCAGUUGAAAUGGACAAAGAUCCUACAUGGCAAGCUGCCAGCAGUGCACAGUUAGAACAGGCUCACACUGCAGUUGAGCGAGCAGUAAUCAGCCGUGUGUAUACUCAUGCCCUCUAUCCAAAUGGUGAUGGAGAUGUCUCCAGGGAUCAGGUUCUUCAUGAACACAUGAAGAAGCUGUCUACCAUAAUCACACCCAAUCACAAAGACUUACGCAUCCCCAAGAUGUUUCAUUAUGAAUGCCCCUGGCCAUCAGCACAGGCAGAAAUAUCUGCAAUGGCAGCAUAUAAGACACCACGUGAUAAGCUUCAAUGUGUUUCCCGCUGUGCCACAACUAUAAUGAAUCUGCUAUCCAUGGCUUGUGAACGAGGGGUGCCAGCUGCAGAUGAUUUUGUGCCUGUACUAGUAUAUGUUCUUAUUAAGGCAAAUCCACCCUCACUACUGUCAACUGUUCAGUAUGUAAACAGUUUCUAUGGAAAUCGCUUGGAAGGAGAAGAACAGUAUUGGUGGAUUCAGUUUUGCUCAGCCAUUGAAUUUAUCAAAACAAUGGACUAUAGUGAUUGAAUCAUGUUACCUUUUUUGCAAUUAGCAAAAAGGAGUAGCCAGCUGUUGAAAGCAUGUCAUAUUGAGCUCCAGGUAAGAAGCAACUAACUACUGAAUGUAGACGAAAGAAAUAUGUGGUAAUCUAUAGAGAGUUCAAAUAUUAGUUUUUAAAUUUCAUGUUCUCAAAUGAAGUCAUGUGCUAAUAGGAAAGUGAUGCUGUGUUGAAGGUGGUACAUGGUACAGGCCACUACGUACUAUGAAGCAGCAUUAAUAUGCGACAUGUCUGUUGGCAGCACAUUCAGGCCAUUUUGAAAUUUUACUAUUACACUGUAAGAAACUUAAACUUCAUUCUAAGUUAUAUCUCAAUAUGAAGCCUGGCCAUGUACCACCAAAAAGUCUGAAUUGUGUUCUGAAGCAAAAGUGUUUUUUUUUCUCCCCCAGUAGUAAGAAGUCUUUUUCAAAAUCUCUUUUAUGUUGUCCAUACAUUUUACUAGUAAAUGGUGCUCUGAUAGUUUGUUUCCAGAGAUUUUGUGAAGCUGUAUUGCUUGAAAUGAAUGAAUGAAAAGGAACCAGCUAGGAAAGCUAAUUAAGAUUAACUUGAGUGAAUAAAAGAAACCAGGUAUUUACCAGUGCUGAGGACUCUGAAGACAUAUUUCUUUAACAGAAAUAGGACAGCAGGACUGAGUUCUUCACCAACUACAGGCUUUCUUCCUCUUGCAUAUGUUUUGGGAACUAUUAUACCAAUUAAUGCCCAGUUUCUUUUUUGUGUCUUUUUAAUAACAAAUAUAAAUAACUAUUAAUUCUGUUGCAGUCUUUUCAACAAUUCCAAUGAACUCGGCCUGCAUUUGGAGUGGAAAUUGGGGCCUUAGUUUAUCGAACAAAUAUAUUGCUUUAUUAUAAUUAUUGUUUAGUUAUUUAUAUUAUUGUUACAUGGUUUCAUAGUUCUUCAGUUACCAAUAUUAUUAUUAUUUUUGUUAUUUUUUAAUGGUAUCUAUCAAUCAACUAAUAAGAUAUUUACCUCCAUUUGAAUUAGAAAUAUGUAUCCGAUAAAAUAAUGAGAGACAUGCUUGCUGGUUUUGUCUCUUCUUAUAGAUGUUUUAUUAUGGAUUGAGGCUUCUCCUGAUUUCAUCCGAAAGCCGUCCGUAGCACACGCUGUAUAUAAAGCGUUUUAAAGCAUCUCUAAAACAGUUAUAUGUGGAUUGAAAUACUCAUUGUGUACAAGACUUCGGUUAAGAGAUUAUAUUUUGUACAAAGAUUGUAUGUACAUUAGUUACAUGAAUGUGUAAUUGCUAAAUCAAAAUUUAUGGUACUCCUGAUGAUGUGUAUCUCACAUGUUUGAUACUGAUAGCUCAAUAAUGAUGACUUUUAGAGAACAUUCCUGCCAGUAUUGGGGAAAAAUGUCUGUGAUGGCAAUUUGCAAGAUAUGUUGCACAAACACCACAUUUUCUUGUACAUAAUAGAAUCUAGGAUUGGCUGCUUGAGUUUAAGUGAUAAAUAUAGGAGAAAGGAAGCAUAAAUAUGUAUAUGAAAUGAUGCAGUAUUUGAUAAAGGGUCUCAGUUCAGUCUGCUUUAGAAGAAAGUAUGAAGAUAUAUGAAAUUUUAGUACUUUGUCUCUUGGUUUUGAGGAAUCAUGAUACUUCGUCACCUGGUUUUGUAUAUGACUCAGUUGUGAACUCUUUCUGCAUAAGAUUAACAACACAUGGAACUGAGGUGACUAGCAUUUUUAUAAAUAUACAUCUAUAAUGUUGAAUGUUAUCUGUACAUUGUGUUAUACACAGAGAGUGAAGUGUUUCAUUAGAUUUCCUGCUACUAACAUUCAGUAUUCCACUGGAUGUCUAUUUUCUUCAAGAAGUUGUUCGUUAUAUUAGCUUUUGUAGUUCAUAUUCUUUUGUGGGUUAUUUUUUGACACUGUCAGUAUCAACAUUAUAUAACAUUACAUUGUACUUUAUAUAAAAUUUGUAUUUUACUGAAGUAAUUACCAUAUAUGACACACUCCUGUAUUUAUAAGGCAUGUAAUAAGUUCCAUGGGACCCUUAAUGUUCUGUGGAUUGUUUUCCUCAGGGGUGUAUGGGUGAUGCAUGAUACCAGAUCUUGCACAGUUUUUAAUUUCAAGUAGAAGCUAUGAUGGAACUGAGAUAGUUAAGGGAGAUAAAUUUCCAGUGGAUAAGACAGGUGUAGCACACUUGAAGAGACGAGAAUACACAGAAACUUUAUUCAGAACAUCUUAAGGUGAAGACUGCUUUGGAGACUUUCCAUCAAUCUUCUCCAUCUUCUCCAUCAUGCAGUUUGCAGUGAACAUUGUCCAAGAAGUUUCCCUGCUAAAAUUCUGAGCUUAUUGAAGAGUACUGAGUUCUGGGAUGUGACACCAUGUAGUCCAAUAAAAGUUCACUGACAUUUUGGAGGAACAUACUGCCUCCAUCUUUAGGGUGGAAGAGUAAGCCAAGCAAGUAAUCAGUAGGAAGCAGGCAGGUGUUCUGCUCGCUGCCUACUUCUUUCUGGUUACUCUUUAAUUCACUUAGUGGGGGUGGA